AUGUCCCAAAACACCAAAACUUACAAAGACGCUUUUGCCCUUUUUGACAAGAAAGGAACAGGUAAGAUUCCAGUUGAACAUUUGGGUGAUUUGUUAAGAGCAGUUGGCCAAAACCCUACAUUGGCAGAGAUCUCUGAGUUGCAAAACUCUGUUGAAUCUACAGAAUUUGACUUUGACACAUACCAGAAGAUCAUAAACAGACCCGAUGGAUUCAAGCCUUUGGGAUUGCCUGAGGACUAUAUAAAGGGUUUUCAGGUCUUCGACAAAGAACAGACUGGCUACAUUGGCGUUGGUGAAUUGAGAUACAUAUUGACUUCGAUUGGGGAAAAGCUUUCCGACUCGGAAGUGGAUGAGCUCUUAAAGGGUGUCAAUGUCACUUCUGACGGUAACGUCGACUAUGUAGAGUUCGUCAAGUCCAUUUUGGACCAGUAG